CACGAAAACGGCUUCCAGAAAAUCUCUGCCAAUCGAUACUCUCUCUUUCUCUUUCGAAGAAUUUGAAGCUUUUCAUUUUGUGACGUGAAUGUUUUUUGGGUUUUGCUCUUCUUCGGAGUGUUUGCUUGGAGGAGUGAACCGGACGCUUCUGCGAGAACGAAGAAGUCGAAGUUUGUUGGUGGCCGGUUGGACGGUUUUGUUUAGAGAGGAGAGGAGUUUCUGACUGGAUCGUGUUCGGUCAAAAUGGCUGAACUUUUCUUAGACAAGAACAAAGACUAUGUUAUUGCAGAACAUCAAGCACUCUUGAGUGCUUCUCAAUGGUCUUUUGUUUCUGGAUUAUUUCCGCCUCCGGCUGAGGAGUCUUCCAAACAGUUAAAGCACUUGUGGUUAAUAGGAUCUCGAUUCAAGCAACAAUUACAGACAUUGCUUGAAACUUUGAGUGCUACUGAGCCACAUUAUAUACGAUGUGUGAAGCCAAAUAACCUUCUCAAGCCAGACAUUUCUGAGAGUAUAAAUGAUUUACAACAACUGCGUUGUGGGGUUGUUAUGGAGGCCAAUAGGAUAAGUUGUGCUGGAUAUCCAACAAGAAGGCCCUUUUUUGAAUUUGUGGACCAAUUUGGGAUUCUUGCUCCUGAAGUUCUUGACCGCAGAGGAGAUAGACAUUGCAGAUGGCCGACCUUACCGUCCAUGGCCACUCACCUCCACCUCCACCUCCACGCCUCUUCACUUCCCACCCGAAUCGCAAUGGUCAUUUGUCUUUUGUGA